AUGGAUAGUCCACUUGUUUCACCGGCUAAAGCCCGCCAGGCUGCGAUUCAAGCUAAGGAUUGGGCGUAUGUGAACUCCUGGCUCAAUCGACAAUAUGCCCCCAAACCAGUCCCCAAGUUCGAGCGCAAUGAAGAUACCCUUCGCGUCCUCCUGACCCUGGCUGCUGCCAAUGAUGCUGCAGAUGAAGAAGCCUCUCUACAGCACCUAGCGCGCGAAGAAGCUGUUCAGUCGCACAAAAUACGGGAAGAGUUUGAACGCAAAGACCCCCACGAACAACAGAAGAAUCAACUUCUUGACGAAGUGGAGAUGUGUUUGGAUGAAAGAGGAAGACGUGAUCUAGAAGAUCUUGCCGGCUGCGCAGCAGCCCUGGGAAAUACCUUGAAUCCAACCCCGGGGGAUCUGGCGCAGUCGAUUGUGGAGCUCACGGUGGAGGAGUUCUCCGCCCAGCAACAAGUCGCAAAAGUCGACACACUGCAUCAAUAUCUUCAAAAAGAGCUGGUACGGCUACAGGCGGAGUUUGAAGAUUUGAAAACUGAUGUGGCAUACGAAACACCUUCCGAUACACAAAGUUUAACGUCGGAAUGGACUCGCGGUACAAAGACACUUGCGAUCAAGGUUGGGGAGCACCAAGAUCGCAUUGCGUCGCUGGAAAGAGUUCAGCCCCAAGGUCCAACCAUCAAGGAGCUGAUCGUGGAGGAAGAUAAUGUUAUCAAGAUGCGGGAGACAGUCAAGUCGCUGCAAGGCCGCGUAAGGGCGUUCCAGGAUCUUCCUAAGGAUACAACAGGGGCACGGAAAAAAUAUAAAGAGCUAGAGCACGAGCUAGCACGGCUUACGCGACAACGAGACUCAAUCCUCGGCCGUAUAGUCGAGCCACGUUAA